AUGACCGUUAAUCAAUUUCUAUUUCAAUAUAAAGGUUGGGGUGAUGUCGGUCUUCACGGAUCCAAUCAGAUUCAGACACCAAACAUAGAUUUAUUGGCGAGUAAUGGCAUCAUUUUGAACAACUAUUAUGUAUCACCACUUUGUAGUCCAUCGAGAAGUGCUCUAAUGACGGGUUACCAUCCAAUUCACACCGGCUUUCAGCACAGUGUCAUCCAUAACGCCCAGCCCUGGGGUUUACCCCUUAAAUUUAAAAUAUUGCCACAAUAUUUAAGACCAUUGGGCUAUGAAACCCAUAUUGUGGGCAAAUGGCACUUAGGCUUCUUCAAGAAGGACUAUUUGCCCACAAACCGGGGCUUUGACUCUCACUUUGGCUUCUGGUCCGGACAUACAGACUAUUACGACCGC